UCAGGUUUCGUAAACGAAUUGUGUCUGAUUGAAGGAACCGAUGAAGACUGCUUCUCUGACAACGAUUAUGCGACAAUGCCACUUGUUUUAAUUUUUCUUUCACAAUUUGUAUUGGGUGUCGGAACUACUUUAUACUACGCACUUGGUCAAACAUACUUAGAUGACAAUACAAAUAAACGAAGAACGCCUUUGAUGCUGGGUUGUGUACUAGCACUGCGAACAAUUGGACCAGCAUUUGGAUUCAUUUUAGGAUUUGCAUGCUUGAGAAUAUACAUAGCACCAUCACUAACUCCUCUAAUAGAUAAAGAUGAUCCUCGUUGGUUGGGAGCAUGGUGGCUUGGAUGGAUGAUACUAGGAUGUCUCAAAUUAACAGUGGCCCUUCUAAUUUCUCUGUUUCCUAGAGAAUUACCAAAACGUCAUCAGAAAGAGCAUGAAAAUAAUCACAUAUGUGAAGAACAACCAUUGAAAUCACCUUCUUCUCACGAAGCGUCAUUCACACCAACUUCCAAAGUAGAAAAUGAAUCUUCUCUAAGUGCAGGUUUCUUUCCUGCUCUGAAAAGGUUGCUUGGGAAUAAACUAUUAAUGUGCAACAAUUUAUCAACGGUAUUUUAUAUACUCGGUGCUUCUGGCUACAUCACGUUUGUAAUGAAAUACAUGGAAACCCAGUUUCAACAAGCAGCAUCAAGUGCUACAGGAUUCGCAGGAUGUAUUGCAAUUUCUGCAAUGGUCAUCGGAUUCCUAGUUUCGGGAAUUAUUAUUUCAAAAUACAAACCAAGAACACUCUACAUUUUAUCGUGGAACGUGUUAGCUGGAUUAUGUUAUUUUGUGUGUGAAAUAAUAUUUAUGUUUCUGAGCUGCCCAAACAACAAUCCAAAUCUGAAGAACUCAAAUGGACAGUAUGUAUGGAUUAUACAAUUUAUUUAUAUAUUUCACUCAAAAUACAGUACUCUAUUUGAACUACUUCAAGAUUGCAAUGCAGACUGUGGAUGUUCAAAUAAAUACAGCCCCAUAUGUGACGGGGAGACCGGUAGUACAUAUUAUUCCCCGUGCUUUGCUGGAUGUACAGUAACCAGAACAUUAAAUUCAAGUCAAGUAUUUACCAACUGCGCAUGCAUAACGGAGGCAAGAGAUUCAGCACCUUUUCAGAACUCAAUAUCUGAUAGGUACCUGCUUCCAGGUGCGUGUUCCAGUGAUUGUGCUGGAAUUUUCUAUUCAUUCCUCGCCAUUCAAUUCUUCAUGCAUUUUUUGGGAAACACAGGAAAAAUUGGCAACAUACUUAUCACAUACAGAUGUGUGAAGGUUGAAGAUAAAUCUUUUGCUCAAGGACUAACACUCUUUAUGAUAAGUCUUCUGGCAUUUAUACCUGGACCUAUUAUAUAUGGAGUCAUUAUU